UCAGUCGAAGGACGUGCGCCGCCGAAGCGCGUCGAUGGCGGCCACCAGGUCGCUUCUGCCCAUGCGAGCUCUGUGGAGAUGACUUUGGCGUCUUCUGAAGCUGCCCGUUUGCUACGUCCCAACACGCGCACACACUCUCUGUCUGUCUCUCAUCGCAUUGUGUUCGCGGAGGACACAUCUCUGAAACCUCGCGGGGCAGCUUCGCCGCUUUUGCGAUCCAAGUUUCGUUUUCGAUUUGUCGCGAGCGUUCACCACGAAGCAAGCUUUCAAUGUCCAACGCGGCCGCCACGUUCUGUCGCGACACGCGCCGCCAUCGCUCGCGCUUUUGGACUAAGGAACCGCGGUUCUCGGCUGGUCGCCGACGUUUCCCCGCAUUGUCCGUGGGAGAGCGCCCGUGUGCAAGAACCGUACGCGCUUAAAAAAGUGCAAAGCGCCGCGCAUCCCAGCCCAAGGCUCGCAUUUGGUACCUUUAGAAUACGCGACCCUCUAGUUGUGUGCACUUGACACUGUGCAUAAUUUAUUGGCACACAAAAGUAUGUGUUUUGCCGAUAAUUUCAUUCUCUGUCAAGCAGCUCUAUUACGAAGCCAGGCUUUUCGCAUUGAUAUGUCACGUGCAGCGACACAAGAAAGCUUAAUAGAUCAAAUACUUGCACAAAUCGACGAGUUUGAAAAAGUACUGAGCCGGCUUUAUGAGGAGAACAUCAACAUCAUAGAUGACAUCAAAGUCAUAAAGUUGAGAGAACAACUUCAGAGGCUUUACGAAAAGGCGAUCUUGACUGAUAUCGAUACUUCGGUUAAAGCCGACUUGGCGACUCGCGUCUGGAAAAACUGCCAUUAUAAGGUCAUUGAGGAAUGGCGAGCCAAAAUUCGCCAGCUUUCUCGAAUAAUAUCGGAGACGCACAUGUCCGAUCCGGGGCGUGUUCGGGUUGCCAACGAGCAGCGUUUUAGUCACUGCGAGCACUUCCAUCUAUUCUUGAAAAUGGGAAUCAGUUACUUUUUCUGCUUGUUAGACCGAAUCAUCGCCCGGUACAACCUUGAUUUGAAUCAUUCGGUUCCGGACUCCUUGGCGGCGGAGAGCAAGGAAUAUGGUCGUUAUGCCCUGUGCUACAAGCUCAUCAUCUUCUCGGGGGAUUUGGUGAGAUAUCAGCGCGAUGGCAUCCUUACUCCGAACACGGAAUGGCAGGCUGCCUACAAUUACUACAUGAAUGCGCUGCGACUCAUUCCGCAAGAGGGGAUGUCCUACAAUCAGCUGGCCAUCAUGUGCACAUACGCGAACGACAAGCUGGGCGCGUUGUACUACUACGCUCGCAGUAUCGCCGUCAGUUACCCUUCUCUGUCCGGGAAGUUCAACAUUGGCGUCCUCAUAAACUCGGACACGUAUCAGAGCUAUCUGAGAUAUCGCAAGGAGUACAUGAACAGGUACUCGGCGCGCGGUGAAGAGGGCGAUGGCUCAGCGGAUGUGGAAAUGCAAUUGAAAAUUUUGUACAAGGGGUUUAUUGGCUUUCAUGGGUUAGUGGCCUCUAAUUCGCUGGAAGGCUUGGAACAGGUCAGAGUUUUGGAAGAGGAUUUUGAGCGCCUGAUUGACAAUGACGCGUUUUUUUUGUGCAUUCAGGACUCAGCGACGCCGAGUUUCACUGACGUUACGAGGCUGGUGCAAAUGGUCGUUUUCCAAAUUUUUUCAAUGUGGUCAACAGAUCAGAAGUCUACCUCUGUGAAUUUGGUUACCAGGCUGAGUCUUCGAAUUUUCGUCUUGCUGUGCAAGAAGUAUCUCUCUUCUAAGGCGCAGAAUCUGUCUACACUUGAGGUGUUGCCCGUCUUGUCCAUACUGAGUAGUUGGUUUGCGUCGUCUCCUCAACUGGUUUCGUUCGAUCUGGAUAACCCGGAUGAUGCGCGGCUGUACAAGUCGCUGCAGUUCGAGUUCACGUCUAUCAUCGUUCAAAUCGCGCCCUGUCUGACCAAGCUUUGGUCUGGCCAGUUUCAGGGGGACAGUCCCUGCGUUCCGCCCCUUCCUGAAGAGUUGGUGUUGAAAAAUUUUUUGCCUCUGAAGAGUUCCUUUCAAAAAGUGAACUUUUACCUUGAUCCGGUCGAGCAUACCAGCAUGCGCGCGUUCGUGCUGCGUAGUCACAAAAUUUUGUCCCUUGCCUGCAGGGUGGUGAAGGAGCGUUUCUUCCAAGUUGGUGGUGCCACGUCGGAUGCGAAGGUGCCUGACUCGCCCGCUCCGCGCUGCGACCCUUUCUUCCCUCCGUUCGCGGUGGCGCUGAUUUUGGAGGCAUCCACUUUUCGCGAAAAGGGUCAUCACGCUUCGUGGGAUGCCAAGUCUCUGGACAGCACGACAGAGCCGGAGGAAGACGACGAGGAGGAAAACUUGGUUCUCGAUGAGGAGGCGUUCAGACUGCACCAGUUGAUUGGUAGUUUGUCGGACUCUUUCGAAGAACUUAGCGCGGAGUGCGAUUUGAAGGCGGUCACGAAGGCCGAGGUCAGAUCGAAGGUCGUUGGGGUAAACGGCAUUGAGUCGUCUAAGAGGAGAGAUGUUGGUUUGGAGCUAUCGCCCGGUGAAGAGGCCGGUUCAGAGCAGUUAUCCGGAAGUGAGGCGUGCUUGGCGGAACUCGAGUCUGAGGGCAGAGUCGACUCAGAGUUUGAAACCAAAGAUCUUCUUGAACCAGAACAGGAAGUCGGGAACGGUCUGUUGGACGCUGAUACCAAGUCGGCUAUCGGGGUUGUGGGUGAUGAUGACGAUCUAGAAGGUGAAGAGGUGAUUUAUCACCCGUCUGUGAUUAAUCACAGUAAUCAGAUAUUGACGUCUCCGAAGGGCGGUGACGACAGAUCUUUUUCAUUGACACAGAGUGUCCAACUGGGGGACGACGGGAGCUUGAAGUUUGGUUAUGCUGGUGCGCACCUAGUUGAUCCAUUGUCGUCGGUGCCACUUUUCUGCCAAAAAUAUUCAGACGGAAUGGCGGCCAUGCAACAGCAGGCUCUCUGCCCGAAUGGUCCCUCUUUGAUUGCAGGGCCUCUGUCUCAACAAAGCGAGCCGUUUUUAUGGGCGCCGCCUGGAUUUUACCAGCCUUGUAACUUGAACUCUUCUUUGCAGGAUUGCAACGGCAAGGACAUCUUAAAUCAGAUAUUUAAGCCAAAGACAGACAUGUCGAUACCCUAUGAGACAAGAGAGUGAAAGCAAGCGUCCGUUUUGGUCCCGUUGGUUCCGUUUUUCUUUUGCCCCAAGGGUUUUCGGCGCGGCCCCAAGGAGCGACGGCCCUUCUCCGUCCCUCCAUGCAAAGGUUCCUUGUGCGCGACAUGAGACAUCCGGCGCAUGUGAAGGCUACAGACGGUGGCAAGGCUGGUUAUGUGCGUGUGGAAGGGUCGCUCAGGUACGCAGUUGCUUUCAAGCUCCUUUUGAUUUUCUCGUACGCGUUCGCGCAGAGAGUUGAACACGAGUGGAGUUUGAACGAGUCCUCCGGACUCGAGCCCGCGCGGUUGCGCUCGCAGAGUCGCCCAAUUAUUCCUCAUGGUUAGGGGAGGUGUAUUUGGCAAUCUUCGAGUGGCCGAAUGUUCCUCUGGGUACGCUACGCCUGGACAAAGAUAGGCUGCGAGAAGAGAGAAAAAUAUCAGUGUCUGUUGUUUAGGUUC